AUUUGGAUCCAGGGACAAGCCAUGUCAUUUUCAUAACUGUGGGACAUGAUAAUAAAAGACCGUUAGCGACAAAGAUAGGAUAGAGACAAAUAUAUGACGGAGUAGGAUUUAUAGUCUGUUUCCAUCCUUUCGGAUCUGAAUGCUGAUAGCUGGAUUCGUGUGCGUUUGCUCGCUUUUUCUCGUCGGUUCUGAAAACUGUAAGGUUCAUCAAAGCGUCAGUGUGGGAGCUUGGCAUAUGCAUUGUCAGGGAGACCCAACAAGUUAACAUCAGUGCCUGAGGCUGGCUAAAUCAAAUCCAGUGCCACUGAGGCACAUCAGGAGACCUCAACCAGACCCACAUAGACAUUGGUGUGUUGGAUGAACAGAGUUGGUGGAACUCGGUGAUGGAUUGUCGACGGUUGGAGGUGCUGAUAACCACAGGACAAGGUGGGACUCCCAUGUAACUGUAGACAUUUCCCUGGUGGUACACAGGGAGAAAGAGAAAGCGGUCAUGGCCAAGCCAUUCUACAUACUGCAGCGCUUCCUACGGCGGGUGCAGCUGCUCCUCCUCUUCCUGGGCGUGGCAUACAUCAUGGCAGGGAGCGUCCUCCUGCUGCAGCGUUCCGGACAGGUCGUUUCCCAGCGGGGAGGCCCCAGCCUUCCGCCAAUGCCCUCCUUGCCCUCCCUGCACAAAGCUCCUGGUGAAGGCAGGGUGUAUGGUUCUGCACGGUCCCAGAUGGCAGCAAACAGGGAGAGGGACCCAGAUGACCCAUCCCGUGGCAGGGCGGGGCCACACUGGCUCGUGUCCCGGAACCUGGAGAUCCGACUCCUGCGACGCCGCUGGUUCCACCAUCUGGAGCAGGAGAGCCAGGUGGAGCGGGGUCCUGUGCCCCGGAAAGUGGGGCACAAAGGAACCUACGUCGGCUGCUUCUUGGAUGACAAAGACAAUCGAGCCCUUGGGGGGAAUGUUUUCUAUGACUUUCGGAAAAUGACCAGCACCUUGUGUCAAGACACCUGUUCAGAAAGUGGGUACCGGUUUGCAGGGUUGGAGUACGGAGCUGAGUGUUACUGUGGCAACCGCAUUAGCACCUCCCGAACACGCGAGGAGGACUGCAAUCUGGACUGUAAGGGAGAGAAGGGCUCCCCCUGUGGGGGCGUGGGCCGCCUAUCCAUCUACAAGGUGGAGGAGCUUCUCCCGGGCCAGAGGAGAUAUCGUAAUGUGCGGUACCGUGGUUGCUUUGAAAGGCCAAAGAACAUUACAGCUGCCUUCCUGGUCCACUCAAUCCAGCCCAAUCUAACAUUGCAGUCCUGCAUCGAGACCUGCACAAUCAAGGAGCUCCCACUUGCAGUGCUGAGGAGGCCAGACUGUUUCUGUGGCUACGUAUCCUCACGCUUCACCCUACACCAGCCAGCCGAGGAACGAUAUUGUGCACAUGCUAACGCCACUGGCCCCAUAACCUCAGUUGACCGGGAGUACUACCAGGUCUACCAGACACCUGUACAAGACUCCAGGUGCACAGAAAGGAAGUUUCUGCCAGAGAAGUCAAAUACACUUGUGGCUCUGACCAGUUUCCCCGGAGCAGGCAACACCUGGGUGCGUCACCUUAUUGAGCUGGCAACUGGCUUCUACACGGGCAGCUUUUAUUUUGAUGGCACCCUCUACAACAAAGGCUUCAAGGGGGAGAAGGAUUACUGGAAGAGUGGGCGGACCAUCUGUGUAAAGACCCACGAGAGUGGGCGGCAUGAGAUCGAAAUGUACGACUCUGCCAUCUUGCUAAUUCGGAACCCGUACCGCUGCCUCAUGGCGGAGUUCAAUCGCAAGUGUGCUGGACACCUGGGUCACGCCGCAGAGCAGCACUGGAAGAGCAAUGAGUGGCCAGAGUUUGUGAGCAGCUAUGCCUCGUGGUGGGCAUCCCACGUGCUGGACUGGCUGAAGUUUGGGCGGCAGGUGCUGGUGGUGCACUAUGAGGAGCUACAAGGGGCCCUCUUCCUCCAACUGCGCCAUAUCGCCUCUUUCUUAAAUAUCAGUAUUACAGAUGAGAGGCUGCUGUGUGCUCAGAGUAACCAGGAUGGCCAUUUCAAGCGCUCUGCGACUCAGAAGCAAGGUUUUGACCCCUUUACCCCAGAAAUGAAGCUUCUGAUCGACGGCUACAUCCACACAGUGGACAGUGCCCUCAGGGACAGAAAUUACACAGGCCUGCCCCAGGAGUACCUGCCAAGAUGAUGAGGAGUACCCCGCCCCCAAACCCCCAGAGAGGGGGAAGAAGGGGUGGGAGUGUGGAGCAAGUACCUGCCUAUAAAAAGCACAGACAGAGAAACGCUAUUUGUGAUGCCAACUGUGUCUUUUUUAAGUUUAGUCGACUCGAUACAGUCAACUAACGUCUUUUUAGAAAUGUGCCAUUAAGUGGUGUCGAGCUACAGUACAUAUAUGGAACUUGAGAUGAUUGAAGAUUAGAGGAGACAUUCGUCUAUAAGCAUAGAGGCAAUGACAUGCCUUCCGUCACAUGGGGAGACACAAUCAAAUGUAAUAUUUUCUUUCAUGUGCUGUUUGUGCUAGUGGAAACUAGUGCUGGCAGGAUGAUUUCUAAUACUUCACCACAGAUGUCUUCAUCACAUUGUGCCCUCUGUCAAGCAGAUUUAUUUUCUCACUUACAGUAUUGCAGCUAUCUGGAUCACUCUGCUAAAAAUAACAAAGUGCAGCAUACUGAAAUAAUAAAAUGCAAGGAAAGGCAUUCUAGUGCUGUAUCAUUAUUGUGGAAAGCCUGAACUGUAGUUACCCUCUGUGAAGUCCAUAUGGACUUUAAUGCUUCUUUGAAUUUAAUAGAGUAUGACAUUGCAUCAUUGUGUACUAUUAGCCUGUAGGUCUAUUUGUCCUUCCGCUCAUGCCCAUGGUACUUUCCUGAGUGAUCCUUUUAAAGAAGCCAGUGGAGCUCAGAUAGACAAUGCACCACUACACCCACACACGGAAAUUCAGGAGUGUGUGUGUGUGUGCAUGUGUCCGUGUGUGUGUACAGUUAUUUUAUUAUUCCCUUGGGACUUGGGAUUAUUGGACCAAACUUCUGGCUGAGAUCCUUAAUUGUGAGGCUAUUCCUGUCUUCACUUCUCACAUUUCAACACUAUAGCAACUGAGUAUUGCUGAAUGAGCUGAUAAAGAAAAUAUUACAAAAAUGUACAGUAUCUUUUAUUUUUGCUGCAUAUUUCUGUAAUUACAUUUAAGUGCAAUGUUCUUACAUUCUUGCUGUGUAACACAUGAAAGUCUCAGAUAUUCUUAUCUGGCUGUCUAAAAAUGACCUGGUCAAAAAAGAAACAGCAGUGAAAAAGAAAGUGCCUUUAUAUGAUUCUCAUGUCUGAAUAUCCAAAGCAAGGCUAUUAUGACUUAGGUAGAUCUAUUUGAAUAGUCCAAUCCACAUAUGACAUGUGGGUAGGUGAAAAUAUCUUUGUGUGUCACUUCUGAAGUACGUCAGCAUUCUUAAAUAAACAUUUUCUUUGUGUGGGUUAACUCAGAUCAAAGCUAAAUUUUAUUUCAUUACAUUUCAGUUAUUUAGCUGAUGCUUUACCCAAAGUGACUUAUAGUUGAUUAGACUAAGCAGGGGCCAAUUCCUACUGGAGCAAUGUGAAGUUAAGGGCCUUGCUCAAGGGCUCAACAGCUGCACAGACCUUAUUGUCCUGCACUGGGGCUUGAACCACCAACCUUCCAGGUCCCAGUCACCUUAGCCACUAGGCUAUAGGCUGCCCUGCAUUUCGCAGUUAAAUUAUUGACACAGACAACCAUUUCAAACCAGGUCUAAAUAUAUAGCCCCUUGUUUCUUGUUUGUGUAGCUGUUUGUGUUAUGAUCAUAGUUUAUGUAUGGGGUAAGUCCCCAAGGGUCACUGCUGCACUGUAAGCCAGUAUAAUACAAACAUAGUUUGUCAUACACUUUGUUGUUGAUUAAUGGUGUUACUUCUCACAUUCCCUACCUGUCUUUGCUUCCCCCUUGAAAAUGGCUGACAUUGACAACCACUUAUUUUUUAUGGAAGUAAUUUGGUGCAAAUUUAUUUUCAGACAAAAGAGUAAUAUUUUUGACACUGUAUUGACAUUGAAAAUGUAUUGCAGAUGAAAAGGUAGAUAUGUGGUGCAGAAAUAAUAUAAUUAUUUUUACAUGGACCUAGCUGACCAUCAGAUUUCUAUAGAGACACAAGCUACAACAGUACUGAAAGCUCCCUUCCAAAUCUUCAAAUACCAUUGGUUCAUAAACAAAAUAAGGGUUUUUAAGAAAUAUAUUUAUAGUAUUUCUAGUUUUAGGUAAACCACAAACAAAAACAAUAUGGUUACUUAAAAUCAUAUUAAUGGUAAGAUCUGGGAAAACUAUACAUAUUCAAAAUACUUUGAAGUAAUAUUACUGCAGAUUACUGAAAGAUUUUCUUUAUUAUUCUAUAGGAAUAUACACUACUGUUCAGAAGUGUGGGGUCACCUUAUCGUUUUCUGCUUUUUCUGAUUUUAUAUUUUGUUUUGUCUGUAAUCAAACAAUUCAUAUGUGGUCAGAACGCAGACUCAUAGCUUUUAUUAAAGGGUAUUUUUGUACAUUUUGGUUUCACCAUGUAGUAAUUAAGGCACUUUUUAUGUAGUCCUCCAUUUCAAUGUUUGAGACAAAUUAACAUAAUGUCAAAUAAAAGAGUCUUGUUUUGUA